AUGGUACCUCAAAGAUUUGUAGAAAGAUUCAGAGAUAUUCGUACUAUUAAAACUCAAACCCACAAUUUAAUACACAUUAAUUAUACUGAUAACAAUAAACCCUUGUAUACCUACUAUGCGAGAAUUAGCCAACAUCUAGUAACCAAGAAUUAUAAUCGCAUUGUCUGUUCGAAAGGAGCUGCUGUCUACAACACAAGAAACAAAGUUUCAGAAAACUUUCUCUAUUCAAAUUUCUUAUUUGCAAAACUGAAAGCCGAGAUUUUACACACCACCCCUAAAGCCAAAAUUCUACUCUUGAAAAUACAAGAGUUUAUCGAUCCAAUACCAGUAGCACUUGUUCUAGCAAGUACAGCCGCUUCUUUCCCAGUAGAUGAAUCAUGUAAAAAGUACCACAAAUCCUCCAGCGGUGAAAAUUGUGACGAUGUUGCUAAGCACUACGGUGUCAGUGUGAGCAGCCUGCGAGAUUGGAACAAAGACUUAUCCAAAGACAAAGACGAUGAAUGUCACGGCUGGCAAGAAGGAAAGUCUUAUUGCGUAGAAGGCCCUCGCCGUAUUAAUUGGUGGCAUCAAAAGCGUGAUAAUCCCCCUACAGACACUUCAAAUUCUCCAGGAGACACUUCAGAUCCACCUACCUCUGAUAAACCUGGCGAGACGCCCGAAGAUCCAGAGAAUGAAUUUGAUCCCACAGACUUUGAGGCUUCAAGAAACUAUGAUCCUUACUAUCCCUAUGAUCCUUGGAGACCACCAUACGGACAUGGUAAUGGACAUUACAAGAGAGAAGAUGCACCCGUAGACUCUCCUCCAGGCGAAGACUCCGACCCCAUUGAGCCUCCUAAGAAUAGACCGUAUGUUCGUAGAGAUGAUUCUGAAGCCUCUGAUUACGGUGAUAAGCAUCCACACGAACCAUGGAGAUCACAUUUUGGAAAACACAGACAUGAUAAGAGAACACCGCAACCACCUUGGUACCCUCCUCCUCCUCCUUCUCCACCAUGGUAUAGUCCUCCAAUAUACGGACCUCCUAGAUACGAGCCUCCCAGAUAUCCUUUCGAUCCUAGGUAUCCUUACAGACCUUUUGACUCGGAAGAGAAUGGUGGAGAUAAAGCAAAGGAAGCUGGGACUGUAGCUGGUGAUGACCUCAAGGGUUCCUCUAAGCUUGCCCAACCUCCUGGUUUUGGAAACCACAGAGGACCAUAUGAUUAUCCAUGGGAGCCACCUCGAAGAGGCAAUGACAGAGAUCGUGACAGAGAUCGUGACAGAAAGAACAACAACAAUAACAACAAUAACGAUCACAACAGGGACCGUGACAGUAACAGAGACAAUAAUCGUGGCAAUUGA